CUUUGGACUCAGAAUGACCAUGAAUGCAAUGUUAUUUUACUUUAGCUGGGGUAGACAUGGUUAAGUAUCUAUAUACGUUAGGUAUUCCCCAAAUCAUACGCCAAGUUAUACAAGAUUUAACACAAGCAAAGGGCGCAACUGUCUGCAUUAACUCCCUUUAUAUUCUGAUGCAGAUGCAUAUAUUUCGUUCAUCAGGAGCAGUGAGAAUAGAACGUGAGUUUAGAAUGCAGGAGACUUUCACGCUUUACUGAGAAUCCGUGAAUUGCACCUACAUUAUUUCCAGAAGUAACCUAGAGUUGGACUACGGUGACCAAAGGACAGAAUGUUGUUCACUAUUCUCACAGAAGUUCUGGUUUUCCACUUUCAACCUUGAAGUAAUAACUGGGUGGCCGGUAGCCUAGCGGUUAGAGCAUUGGGCCAGUAAUCAAAAGCUCACUGUUUCGAAUACCUUGGAGAAGGUCCCUAAGAAUUGUCAAGAACUCCGCCCACCCAAGUCACAGACUGUUAAUUCUGCUACCGCACAGCAAUCUCGGCCUCCCGAGUGGUGCAGCGGUCUAUGGCACAAUAUCUCAGUGCUUGAGGCGUCACUACAGGCACCCUGGUUCGAAUCCAGGCUGUAUCACACCCAGCCAUGAUUGGAGUCCCAUAGGGCAGCGCACAAUUGGCCCAGCUUCGUCCGGGUAGGGCUGGUGUAGGCCGUCAUUGUAAAUAAGAAUUUGUUCUUAACUGACUUGCCAGGUUAAAUAAAAAAAAUAAUAAAAAGCUCUACCGGAACGCCAGGUCGGGAACCAAAAGGCUCCUUAACCGCUUCUACCCCCAAGCCAUAAGGCAGCUGAGAAACUCAUACGGACACUUUCUCACACAUCACAUGCUGUUGUUAUUUUAUCCUGAUUCAUUCUCUUUUACCCCUACCUACAUGUACAAGUUACCUCAACUACCUCGCACAUUGCCUGAUUAUUAUUUUAUUUUUCUCCAAGGACGCCGUACUACUAUGGCUGACCCUCUAAUACAACACAUUUCACUGCAGCUAUCCGGUAUAUGUGACAAUAUUUAAAAAUGUUAUAUAUAUUUAUUAUCAAAUUAAUCGAUAGGUACAUUUCAUCUUUCCAGUCUAAUGGCCCAUGGAGUUGUACCAUAGCGCGCUCUUGUGGCAUAAAAAUGAACUUUACACAUACUGACACGCCAAUUACAUUUAUUGAAAUAAUUAUUGUCAAUUAUCAUAUUUCUGUAACACAAAUGUAUAUUUAAGCAAUAAGGCCAGAUAACUGAACAGACAGAUUUGCCUUUGAAAAUGUGCAGCAGAACUUUUAAGUUAUUUUAUCAAACAAGUAUUGUAACGUGAACAUAUCGAUACUUGGAUGAUAAAGCAUCCGUUUCAUAUCAGUAUGAUAUUCUAAGAAUUUGUUCUGCACGGAUUUCAAUAGGGAAAGAUUGCGUCCGUACCCGCUCUCGUGUAUUUCGUUGAAAACAUUACUUUGCUGCGCGUUUGGUGUUGAACCUUUGUGGGGGUAACCACAGCAGAAGCAGCACCUCUUCAGUGUGGCAUCUCUCGGAAGGGAAGGCACUCCUGUGUCGCCGAACACACAGGGUCAGGAUGGAGGUGUCAAGGAGGCGGAUCUUACAGAAGCACCUGCAGCCAGCCAGACCACUGCGGCGCUGCAGUACUGACCAGGACCCCUGCUUUAGAAAUGCUGAGCCAUCUGCGUGUGGACAAGCAGGAGAAAAAACAAUUAACAGUAUUGGAGUGGAACAGUUUUUUCAAAUCCUCCAUCUCCAAACUCAGACUCCACAAAAAGACUCCACCCCAACUAAAGUGAGGAUAUCUUACACUAGAGACUUCCUGAUUCAACUGGCCAAUUCCCCCAUUGCCAAAAGAAAACCGGACUUCUUACCAGAACAUCCUGUUGUUUUGGAAAAGGCUAGAGAACCUGGUGUGCCAAGGUUGGAGAAGAGGUUUGAUGAAAACAAUGAAAUGCUUGCCUAGGCUAACAUGGAGCCAGGAAGUCUGGCUGCUGCUGCUGCUUUUCAACCCACACACCACUACAACUUGCUCUGCCAUUGAGUGAUAUUCCAACAACAACAACAAAAAAUUCCCAGUUGAGCCCAGAAUACUACAGGCAUGGGUUGCGUCCCAAAUAGCGCCCUAUGUCCUAAUUAGUGCACUACUUUUGACCAGGGCCGAUAGGGUUCAGAUCAUAAACAGCCAUGACCAUGAGAGUUGUAAGCGAGGGGUAUAAUUAUUAUUUUUUAGUUCCUUUGACAAAUGUUGGAUCCUUUGGUGGACAUAAACCUGAAAAUAUACCAUAGCCUACGUUUUAAAUUGUGUGCUUCAGUCUAAAAUAAUAAUGCAUAGUUGAAUGAUGUGCCUUGAUGCUAACAAAUGCCCCUUUCACUGUGUGAUGUUUACAUAUGGCAUAAUACUAAUAAUGCCUCAGUGGAGGCCAUUGACUCUGAAUAACCUUACAACGACCUCCAAGACAAACAAUACAUUCAUUUAACCCUUUCACUUUUUGAUAUGUUGGAGUAUGGGUGUUUUAGCUUUGAUAUUGUCACUGAAGCUUGAUUAUUGACUUAUAUCAACGAAUUGAAUGUUGAAGUAUAGGCUACUGCCUGCUGCAUAACUUGUCUGUAUUCCCCCAUUGAAAACUGUUGCUUGAAAUGAUUAGGCUUCUAAGCCCGCCUUUGCACACUAUCCUUCUGAGGGUCAGUCCUGUAGUCACAUCAAAUAGUACAUCUCUCCCCCACUUCUCUGAGGGUCAGUCCUGUAGUCACAUCAAAUAGUACAUCUCUCCCCCACUUCUCUGAGGGUCAGUCCUCUAGUCACAUCAAAUGGUACAUCUCACCCCCACUUCUCUGAGGGUCAGUCCUCUAGUCACAUCAAAUGGUACAUCUCACCCCCACUUCUCUGAGGGUCAGUCCUGUAGUCACAUCAAAUAGUACAUCUCUCCCCUACUGCACAUUUUCUCAGUUUAUUCUAUAGUAGUUGAUGAACGUGAAUAACGGCAGUCUAAAUUAGCACAAAGUUAGCGAAACCCGCCGCCUUGACUUGCCUGUGCACAUAAGGGGUACUUUAUUAUGCAACUUGUGUUCGGCGACUGUUGUGGUUGUAGUGUGGAAUGGGAAAAUUGAGUGGCUGUUUAUUUUUGAAGUGUAUUUAUUUGAGUUAUCCUUAUUUUGUUAUAAGCUAUUUGCCUAUCGAGGCUUAGUCAUGAUGGCGGGCUUAAUUCCAAGAUGUUGGUUGUUUGUUGAUACAAGGCUGAGAGGACUUUCCUAUGCUAAUGUAAAGGGACUGCCAAAGUGUAACCAUGUAUUUUCAGAGAUGCAGUAGGUUAAAUAAGUGCCCCCCCCCCCCCCCCCCCCCCAUUGAUUUUGACUUUCAAGUUGCACAUUGUGAAGAUAGCCUAUUUAAUUUAGUGUACUAUGGUGCACAUCCUCUCCUUGCUCCAAGACGUAUGAGCUGAUCUGGGAUCUGCCCUAAUAGCCCUGUACAUUUCUCUGCUCUUAUACAAAAAAAUAUAUAUUUGGAUGACAAAUGUUGUCCUGUGAAGUGUCAUUUUACACCAAAAGCAGCUCAAAUGCUGACUAUACCUCAAAUUCGAACCUUGCAUUAUCAAAAUCUGUAAAAAUGAAACCUCGCCAUGUAAUCCAGUUUACAUGUAAGAAUAAAACAGCAAUUUGAGUCACACUGCGUAAACGAGAAACCAGAGACAAUAACCAUUCAAGUGGUCAUUCACUAGUGUGAAAACUGCGCCAGUGGUGCGCACAGAUCCUGUGUAACAUCUUCCCUGCUGGCGUUUUGAUGUUCAUGAGUUACGUCUACAGUGAGUCCAGUUACAUGCACACAAUACGAUUAUUGAGUAUAGUCAGAUUAAUAUAAUAGUUCGUUUUAAAACGUGUACAUGUUUUGCAAGAACGAUUUUCCUAAACAUGUUUGAUUGGACGCAUCUGAAAUCAGGCUACCUGAUGGGACUUCAAUAAAUUCCAAAAAUUGCCAAUAAAAGUUCUUCCACCGAGA